ACUAGUACGCAGGACGUCCAGCUUGCUCCCAACACUCUACUUAAAGCUUAAGUAGGCAUUCGUUAGUCUCCGGUACGCCGACCAAUGACGGGUCGCAUUCGUAAGACAAUCGGUUCAUCUUGUUGUUAGAAGAGAACAUAGUCAAAUGGUACCCCGAAUUGAUUUUCUUGGGGAUGUUCCCGAUGAAAUAUGGCUGCUCAUCGCAUCCUUCAUGAGAUUAAGAGAUAUCAUAUGUCUCCGUUUGACCUGUAGGAAGCUGCAUAGUCUGACGCAGGACCAAUUACUUUGGCUCAGACUGCUACAAGGCUUAGCUGACAUGGAACCUCUUCCACCAUUGGCCACUCAGAUCCUGAAGUCUGGCGCUGGGCCUGAUGGUAUCCACGUUGAGGAGCUCUGUCGUUUCGUCCAUCGUACCGAGAAGACUUGGAUUGAGACUCGUUCGAAGCCAUGGUCACUUACUGUUCGCGAGAACUCGGACCCUCGCAGCACGACUCCGCAAGCUCUUAACGACAAUUCUGCGUUAACAUUACUGUCGUUGAAUGUCUUCAAAGACAGGUGGCUCCUGAUCGUCUAUCGCGAAGCAUUGAUGGAACUCUGGGACUUAUAUCCUGAGCUCUCAUCGAAAGCAAACGUCAGCGCUUUGAACUGUCCGAGAUACGACGCUAUUUGUCGCGCACGGACUCAACAUCAUAACCUGGCAUAUGGCACGUCUUGUGCCGCUGUUCUUACUGACGAUGACAAUGCACUCCUAGUCGGUGUGACAAGUGAACCGAAUGUCACUAUAGUGCUGCGGUUUUCCCUCGACUUCCGCGACAGAAAUUACGUAGGAUCGGAGGUUGUGGCGACUUUUUCGACUCCCAGCCCUACCCAUCUUCUCAGAGCCAUUCUUCCUAACUCAAGCGUUCUGGUAUAUUCUCGAUCGCAAGUCAUCUCCAUCGUGCACAUGGAGACACAUCAAGAAUGGAAUGUUGGAGAUGAUGAAGGCGAAGAAGCACUGUGGAACGGCGUGAUAGGUGCAAUCCCUAUUGCUGACCAGCAUCUGCUGUGUGUCAAGACGCGCUCCGUAGAGCUCAUGACACGACUGCAACCAGACGGAUCUUUAUCAGAUAUUCUCUCGCGGAGCAGCAGCACUCCCGCUGAAUGGAAUCAAACGGCAUCCAUCGUUCGACACGAAUUCUCCGAAACGAGCUUUCGCUCAGUCUCCAUCGCAGAUCCCUCCAUUUCUCUUGACGCCGAUGGAAAUAGCGUCUUAAAUAUUACAUUCCUGGCCUUCGACGUCCUCAAUGGCCUCUACCAGUAUCGUGCCACUGCAAACUUACCUUCUCUUUCCGAUAUGCCGCUUCAUAUGGAAGUGCAGCUUAUCGGUGUACAUCAGAUGGCACAGACGAUUCCUCUUACUGACCAGCUUGAAGGAGUGCGAAGAACGAGAAGUGGGUUCACUCAAGGUUCAAGAGCGUUUGUCUCUGCAUGUUGCUUGGGAGCUCAAGGGAAGCGCGGCAUUUGGGUUGAGAGGCAAAGAAAUAGUGUGAAACGUGCAGUAUAUGGGUACAAGGUGAAUUCGGAAAGGGUAGAUGAAGGUUCGCCUGGGCAAAGGUACAUUACAGGGCAAUGCAUUUACGAAGUGAGCUCGUUUGAUUUGAGAGAUGACCUGACGCAUUGCGCUUUCGCGGAGUCAACGGGAUUAGUCGUCCUUGGAACGCGAAAUGGAGAAGUGUUGCUUAUCUAAACAUAACCUGUGUUCAUUAUCUCGAGACCGACAACAUAGCAGCUUUCUCAUGUUCCGUCAAUACAUGCAAUUUACCUGGACUUGCUCUACAUAUAAUUUUUUACAUUGCAAUGAUAUACAGUAAGGCAAGACAUCAAUGAUUGUACAUUUCAGACUCGGGAGCCAUAAACAUCUUCGGGAGCAACGCCGGCCUGUCCCUUGCGGAUGUUGGCUUGUGCCCAC